UUCUUUUAUCUAAAAUGGAUAAACUUUGUGAUGAUUCGUUUAACUAAAAACUUGGAUUGACAUCAGCAUUUCCCAAACAAACGGCAUUAAUUCAAUAGUCAACAACAUAAAUACAACGUUUUUUUUCUCUUCAUCAGAUUUACACUCACAAUUCAAUCUUCAAACAACAAAAACAACAUCACCCUCUUUGGUCUCAAGAAUAACAAUACAAGAUGUCUGAAGAUGAUGUUUUUAUUGGAUCAAUUGAUCAAGGAACAAGCAGCACCAGAUUCAUAAUCUAUGACAAAUCAGCUAAACCAAUUGGAUCUCACCAUGUUGAGUUCACCCAGUUUUAUCCACAAGCAGGGUGGGUAGAGCAUGAUCCAAUGGAGAUAUUGGAGAGUGUGAAGGCUUGUAUUACUAAGGCGGUGGAUAAGGCAACAGCUGAUGGAUUCAAUGUGAGUAAAGGUUUGAAAGCUAUUGGUAUUACAAAUCAAAGAGAGACUACUCUUGUUUGGAGCAAAUCCACUGGUGCUCCUCUUCACAAUGCUAUUGUUUGGAUGGAUGUUCGCACCGCCUCCGUUUGCAGGAGACUAGAAAAGGAGUUAUCUGGCGGUAGAACACAUUUCGUAGAGAGUUGCGGUUUACCUAUUAGCACCUAUUUCAGUGCUUUGAAACUUCUGUGGUUGAUGGAAAAUGAGGAUGCUGUCAAGGAAGCUAUAAAGAAAAAGGAUGCCUUGUUCGGAACCAUAGACACUUGGUUGAUAUGGAAUUUAACUGGUGGAGUGAAAGGAGGAUUACACGUUACGGAUGUUUCAAAUGCAUCCCGAACAAUGCUGAUGAACCUAAAAACCCUCAACUGGGAUGAAUCCACUUUGAAAACACUUGAAAUCCCUCCUGAAAUUUUGCCUAAAAUUAUUAGUAAUUCAGAAAUUAUAGGCGAUGUUGCUACUGGAUGGCCAAUUGCCGGUAUCCCUAUCUCUGGAUGUUUAGGUGAUCAACAUGCGGCCAUGCUCGGACAAGCCUGCCGUAAAGGUGAGGCUAAAAGUACUUACGGAACAGGUGCAUUCAUUCUAUUGAAUACCGGCGAAGAAGUAGUUCAAUCGACUCAUGGCCUACUGUCAACUAUAGCUUUUAAGCUUGGUCCUAAUGCUCCAGCCAAUUAUGCGCUGGAAGGAUCCGUUGCUAUUGCUGGAGCAGCGGUGCAAUGGAUUAGAGACGGUCUUACUCUUAUUUCAAAUGCUAGUGAAAUAGAGACUAUGGCGUUGGAGGUUGAAUCCAACGGCGGUGUUUACUUUGUUCCUGCUUUCAAUGGAUUGUUUGCUCCGUGGUGGCGUGAUGAUGCUCGUGGGGUUUUAAUUGGAAUUACAAGGUAUACAAAUAAGGGUCACAUUGCUCGAGCCGUGCUGGAGAGCAUAUGUUUUCAAGUGAAAGAUGUCAUUGAUUCAAUGCGCAAAGAUUCUGGAUUCAAUGAAUCUAACAAAGAAGAGUUCUUGCUUAGAGUGGAUGGUGGUGCAGCUGUUAACAGCCUGAUGAUGCAGAUUCAGGCGGAUUUGUCGGCAACUCCUGUAGUUAGACCGGCUGACGUUGAAACAACAGCACUUGGAGCAGCAUAUGCAGCUGGAUUAGCUGUUGGAGUUUGGAAAGAAGAUUACAUUUUCGAUUCGAAGGAUAAGAUGAAGAAUGCAAACAUUUUCCGACCUCUAAUGAAUGAAGAAAUAAGGAAAAAGAAAUCAGAUUCUUGGUUAAAAGCUGUUAAUAAAUCUUUUGACUUAGCUGAUCUUGCUCUCUAAGAUAAUCUAAUGCAGCAGUUAUUAUUAUCAACUUAAUCUUUAUUUUUCGGUUUCCUCUACUUGGUAAUACACUUUUUAUUUUAGUCUCUGGUUCCUUAAAUGAAAGGAAUAAUUAUAUGUCAAUUAUGUAAUAAAGUUGACAUUUUGUUCUUUCAUUUCUUUGUAUAUGAAGAAGAACAAAAACAUUAUAGUAUAGGAAAAAAUUUCACGUGUAUGUGUAGUGUAACAAAUCUAUCUUUGAUGUUUUUUUAUCAGGAGUAAUUGUAUUUGGUACCUUAAUAAUCUUACAGAAACCGUGUACCAAUCUUAUAUAAUUAAAUUACUAAAUUAGGGUC